AUGGUUUGGUUUCUCCAUCCAGGAAACGAGCCAGACAGUGACGGACUGAGAGGCUACCUGUCAUCAAGCGCCUGUCACCCACCACCAACAACCACCAGCACGGGACCCUCACCUGCACCCAGUCCCCACGCGUGGCCUCUUCCCGGGAUGGAUGAAGAGAUGCAGUCCCCAGACGAAGGACCGUGCGCCUCCAAAUCGAGCCGACUCCAGCGCGGCCCCUACAGCUCCCUCAAAAUGUUCCAGUCCAAGCGCACGAGUGGCAAGUCGCGCUUUGAACGGUCCGCUGCUGUUGAGGGGCUUGGAGAUGGAGAUGGAGAUGGAGAUGGAGAGGUGCACCAGUUCACUUUCCACCCAGGACAGAUCCAUCCUUUCCAGACACAUCACAACCAUCACCAUCACCAUCAUCAUCAGCAGCAACAACAGCAGCAGCAGCGCGCACAGCUUCACCAAACCAGCCUCCAGAUGCACCCACAGCAGCAGCAGAACCGUCCCCCAUGUGAGCGCAGGCCCAGCAGCAGGGUGCCCACCUCCACCUCCACCUCCACCUCUGCGUGUGGUCUACAGCAACAGCAGCGUGGGGCGUGUGGGGAACUUGAAUCCAAAUUCUCUCCACUAAGAGCUCCUCAGAGUCAAGCUCCAGACUGCACCUUUGCCAUCAGCUCAGAAAACCGUCUGAUUCUGGAUGCCUUUGCUCAACAAUGCAGCAGAGUCCUGAGUCUCCUGAACAACGGGCGUCUUCUGGAGCCUUCUCGCUCUUUCAUGUCCAGCAUCAAGGUGGAGGACAGUUUGGGCUCUGAUGGUCCGGGACUGCAGGCUCCUGUCCUCACAAAGACCAAAUGUGAAGAGUCGUCCAGCACGGAGCUGGAGCAGGAGGCUCAGCCCAGUCAUGUGAGCCCCCAGCAGACCUCCGCCGUGCUGCGCAUCUUCACUGACUCUCUCCAGAACUACCUACUGUCAGGCCCUCGCAGGCAGGACCAGAGCCCCUCUGUAGAGCCCAGCUCUGGCCUGUCCCCUCAGAGACACAACUUGGGCUGGGGCUCCCCCACACCCUCCGAGUCCUACGGUCACCCAUCCUCCACUCUGCCGGAGGAGGAGGAGGAGGAGAGCUGCUGUCCACGCUGUGUGGAGCUGGAGCAGGAGGUGCUGUCGCUGCAGCAGGAGAACGAGGAGCUGCGUAACAAACUGGACAACAUCCCAGUCCCGUGUCAAAAUGUACUCGACUACUUCAAGACAGUUCUCGAUGUUCACAACCAGCUUCUCCAACCAAUGCCCGAGGAAUCAUUUAUCGAGGAAGAAGAAAGACAGUCAGUGUUUGAGCAGGGAAGUAAGCAGCUGUUGGAAAACUACCCCCUCUUCAUCACUAACAAACAGUGGGACGAAGCAGUGAAUUCCUCAAAGAAAGACGGCAGGCGUCUGUUGCGGUACCUGAUCCGGUACGUGUUCACCACGGAUGAGCUCAAGUUCUCGUGUGGCCUGGGAAAAAGGAAGCGAUCGGCCCUCUCUGGAGAGCCAGGACUGGAGAGGCGGCCACUGAAUCCUGUUAAAGUCAGCUGUCUCAGAGAGUUCAUCCGGAUGCACUGUGCCUCAAACCUGGACUGGUGGAUGCCGUCGGAGGAGCAGAUAAAUAAAGUGUUCAGUGAUGCGGUGGGCCAUGCGCGGCAGGGCCGGGCUGUGGGCACGUUCCUCUGCAGCAGCGGCAGCAGCACCAGCAGCCUCUACACAGAGGCCUUCGAUGGCCCUUUGUCACAGGACGAACUGUAUCUCAAAGGCUGCCCCAACGCCCAGUGCGACUGA